AAAUUGUGCAAAAGUGACAAUUGUGAGAGAAUCCACGUUAUGUUUUUUGUGACAAUACACCUCACUUCAAGAUAUUGACAUGAAAUUUUUAAUUAUUGCUUCAUUGUUGGAAGUUGCGCCAUUCCCCGAAUUCAUUCCGUGUUCGUUUAUUCAUUUGGAUGCAAUGUUGACGAGUACGGUUUCGAGAGACCAUCGGACUUUGACUACAGAAGUUAUGAGGAGUUUAUGUCAGAGUACCUGAAGGUUCUAGCAAAGCGAGCGAAAAAAUGGUCGGAGAUUGUCGGUGAGGGUAAAUCACUGGAGCGCAGUAUAACAAUCAAACGAUAUGUUCGUAAAGGCAUCCCGGGGGAGCACAGGGGAAUGGUAUGGCUGUCGGUCAGCGGAGGCGAAGACCUGAAAAAUGCCAAUCCUGAUCUCUAUCAGCAGCUACUCAAUGGGCCUCACAACAGUCGAAUUGCUGAGCUUAUCAAAACUGAUCUCCCUCGAACAUUUCCUGAGAAUAUAUUCUUCAACAAUACAGUCAAUCAUCAGCAUCAACUCUACAAUAUUUUACUGGCUUUUGCGCACGAAAAUCAAACCGUUGGUUAUUGUCAAGGACUGAAUUACAUAGCAGGAUUACUACUUCUCGUAACAAAGAAUGAAGAGACAGCAUUUUGGCUAUUGAAAGUAUUAAUCGAGAAAAUAUUACCGGACUAUUAUACUCCUACGAUGGACGGAUUAUUGACAGAUAUCGAUGUUCUUGCUGAACUCGUUAGAUUAAAAAUACCGGAGGUGCAUCAUCAUGUUACUAGUUUAGAGUUGCCAUGGGCACUGAUUACAACGAAGUGGUUUAUAUGUUUAUUUGCUGAAGUAUUGCCAAUUGAGACAACACUUAGAAUAUGGGAUUGUCUUUUUUACGAAGGCAGCAAAAUAAUAUUUCGCGUAGCUCUCACACUCAUCAAACGAAACAAAACCAAUUUAUUGUCGUGCCAGGAUUUUACAUUAUUGGCAGACUGUUUUAAAGGCAUUACGAAAGACAGUAUAGUGUUGCAGUGUCAUGAAUUUAUGCAGAGUAUUUUUAAAGUACCUGGAUCACUGCCGAGAGCCACCAUAGUGAAAUUACGCACUAAAGUAUCCCAAGAACGAGAAUUACAAAAGAGACCGAAACUGGAGCGGUAGUAUUAACUCAAAAAACGAAAUUGAAUUUAUACUUUUACAGUCUAGUCACGUUUAUAUCAAAAUAUUGUUCCUGAAAUAUUGACUUCUUUCACAAAGAACGAAUUUCCAUUCGAAAUAAUGAAAAGAGAAAGAGAGAAAAUUCUGUCCAUUACGAUAACUCAUUCAGUGAUGAAAAAUCAAUGCUCGUUAGAUUAGAAAAAGUAUUAAUUGACUCUCUACUGAACAAAAUCGCUGGAUCGAUGAUUAUUAAAUUGGAAACAAUGACUAAUUGAGAGGAUUUUGCAAUUGAUAUGAGGCUUCAGUUUAUUGCUCAUGAUCUAAUAAUAAUUUAUAUUGGGUAAUAAUCAGGUGCAGUGUAUUCACGUCAAUUAUUUACAUGUCGGUUAUUUUUCUAAUUAUGUACAAAGAAA